CUGUCAUCAUUUUAAGUGGGAGAACUUGCACAAUCGGUGGCUGACUAAAUACUUUUUUGCCCCACUGUAUAUAGUUCUGCGCUUCAUGAAUUAAUUUCCAAGCAUAUUUGAUUGAAAGGCUCCACAUUGUGCAAGGGGGUCAGGGAUCAUCAUUGCAGUUUUCCAGCAUUGUCAUCACCAAUGGAUUGCAGACUUGUUCUGACGUUACCUCCAUCAUCUUCAUCAUGCGUCUCAACACGUGAGGAGGCAACCAUACACCAGAGGGGGCCUACAGCACCUCCCUCAGCAUCUGAGGUUCGGUUCCAGGUGAUGCUGCUGCUGCUGUCUUGUUCAGAUCCUUUGGAGACCAACAGUGUGGAUAAUCCGACUGAUUCAUUCCAUAUCGGUUAACUUUUACCCCCUCGCAUCUUGCUGGUGCUGCCAUAGCGUCACCACUUUACUGAAAGAAGGUCAACGGUCUGCUGCUUUUGAGACACAAGUGAAGGAGCGGGACCGACAUGGAGAACAGCAAAGUGAUGCUGAAAUAUGUAAUAUCUGAACACACGUGAUAGUGGACAUAGAGUAUUGAGACGCACAUAUUGAUUAAUUAAAGACCCAUGAUCUCAAUUAUUCAUCUGACCAAGACAUUUUGAACAAUUUUGGGAAGAAAACCUUAGGGAUGGUGAACCAUUAGGCCGGUGUCCCAAUACUUUUGUCCACAUUAUUGUAUGUUUAUUUCGUCAAUACAGAAUGGAGGACAUUUUUGUGCUAUGUCGCUUUAAAUGUUGUCAACGAUGCUCCCAGCAGCCAGUGAAGGAGGUGCUCCCUCUGCCUCGACUCCCUAAGACCUCCUCCUCCUCCUCCUCUGUGACUCUGUCUAAUGCUCCAACAAGACAAACAUCAGACUCCUUGCAGCAAAUACAAAUGGCCUCCUCAGUGGUGACUUCGUUCAACCAGGUAAAGCCUCCAGAGAGAGAUCUCAAUCUGAUGUACCACAUGAAAUCAAUCAAGUCCCUGAAACAGGCUGGCAUCACGGCCGUCUUCACCGGACAACAGAAACUUGACAGUGAGGAGUGUCUAGAAGGGGGACCAGUUGUCGACGUGAUUCUGUCCGACAUUGAGUCCCUGGUGCCUACUCACGAUGAAACUGGACGGCCCAUCGCUGAGUGGAAACGUCAAGUGAUGGUACGACAGCUGCAGACCCGACUGCAGGAUGAGGAAGAGCAGAUGAGACAGGGCCUAACCUAUGAUUCCUUCACUGUGGAUGGCUGGAAGUACUCCCAAACUCACAAUGUCGUUUUGGGACCAUUCGGCGAGCUUCUAACACAGGACGAUCUUCUGUAUUUGCAACAGCAGAUCGACAACAUGUCUUUGCAGAAGCGCUACCAAGCUUAUGAGGUGGAGCUAACCAGGUUGACAAAAGAACUGAGGGCUAUUUUACCCGACCCUAUCCUAAACAUUUCUCUAAACAAAGAGGCCCUGCAAGAGAUGGAUACUCAGGGAAGUCGGGCGCUGCCAGUUUGGUGCAGCCGCGUCUCAGAGAUUGUCAGGAGUAUGUCCUUGCUGGUGGCCAGCCUGACUCAGACCUCUAAGGAUGGAGCUGAGAGGAGCGUGGUGCACGGUCUGAUGGAGGGGAUAACGGGGCAGCCAGAGGUGAGGGAUGUUUUUGCGGUAGGUCAAGGCCAUGAGGUGUUGCAAAACACAAAUGGAUGUAAGCUACCACUCAUCGGGAUGGCUUUUGGUCAUGGGAUGGAGAGCUACAGCAGAUCACGCAGAGAACGACUGGAGAAGGAGAUUCGUCAGUUUGGGGUGUCAGUGAGAAACCUCAGAGCCAACUUUGAAGGUCAGAUUGGUACCAUUUAUCCUUUUGCUGGAGUAGUGCCUGGCAAGGACCAAUCUUCCGGAACUAAUAAUCUAACUAGUGAUCCUAAAAAGCUUCCACCUGUGAUGGAGACUACCAGCCUAAGGAAAGAGCGUAUUGUAGUGCUGUUCCUGAGCCACUGGAAGAAGUCAGCUUACGCUAUCUCAGUGCGAGCAGCGAGGCAGGAACAGGAGCUCAAAUCAGAAGCCCAGCAGAGAAUCCCAUCCAUGUUUCUCUUUUGUCAAAAACGAGGUGCCGUUGAUAAGAUGCUAAACUCCUGGAAAAAUAAACUCCAGCUAAAGGAGGCUAUAACGUCCUAUGUGUCCGACAGCACCUCAAAAAACCCAUUUCCUGUGUACUCCCCAGAACAAUUCCUGCCAGAUGUGGACCACGACAGCUUGUCCCUAGACCUCUUCAUGCUGGGAUACUUCCACAUUCUGGAGCAGGAGCUGUCACCAGUGGAGAGGAAAAUGAGGCAUCUGCUCUGUUUCGAAGUUUUUGACCAUGUAGGAACUUUUCCCUGGGAGAGAGUGAGAAACUUCCACAAGGCAGUACUGCGGGAAAUUCAGGUUGGGAAGCGACAAUGGGGAGACGGCUUUGAUGAUAUUAAAGUUUGCUUCUUUGGAGACUCGAGACCAUCAUCAGAAACCACACCAGUGCCUUCGGUUGUAGUUGAAGGUGCCACGCCAGAGGAGGGCAGCAGUGACAUGGACUUCUCCUGUUUCAACAAUGAAGAUAUUUGUAAAUAUAUUGAUCGCAGCUUUGCUUUUUGGAAGGAGAAAGAAGCAGAGCUCUUUGAUUUUGAACACUAAUGAUAAAUGGUAAAUGGGUUAUACUUGUAUAGCGCUUUUCUACCCCUUUUUAGCAUCACCAUUGUGUUUCUUUGCUUAUUGUAGCAAUUUUGCGAGGUUUUUAUUUUCAUACAAAAUACUGUAAUGCAUUGACUCGAAUAUAAGACAAUAUUUUUCCCUAGGAAAAAUAUGGGUGGUCUCAUAUUUACUGUUUAGAGAUUUAUACAUACAUACCUACUCAGUGG